CUGGCAUUACUAUCGGUAUUAACAGUAAUUAUCGCCGGAACUAACGCUGAGGAGGAAUGUCUGACUCUGGCAUUACUAUCGGUAUUAACAGUAAUUAUCGCCGGAACUAACGCUGAGGAGGAAUGUCUGAAAUCUCGUGUUUGGUGUUAUGAAUGUCAGUCUUGGAGUGAUAAUCGAUGCGCCGAUCCGUUCAACGUAUCCGUCGACCAAAAUCUGUUGUCUUUAUGUAACGGAUGUUGUGUUAAAAUAGUGAUGAAUAGAGACACUCCUUAUCAGUCGGUGCGCCGGACGUGUACUUCAAAGAUUCAGAUCAAUCUGUUUAUGGUGGAUCACGUCUGUAUGGAGGAAUCCGAUGGACACGGACACAUGUGUUUCUGUGAGAGUGAUGCCUGCAAUUCAGCCAAAACUCAUAACCAAUACUUCCAGUGUUUUAUCAAAUACUUAAUUCCAAUUCUCAUCAUUUCUUAUCAGUCGGUGCGCCGGACGUGUACUUCAAAGAUUCAGAUCAAUCUGUUCAUGGUGGAUCACGUCUGUAUGGAGGAAUCCGAUGGACACGGACACAUGUGUUUCUGUGAGAGUGAUGCCUGCAAUUCAGCCAAAACUCAUAACCAAUACUUCCAGUGUUUUAUCAAAUACUUAAUUCCAAUUCUCAUCAUUUGUUUAAUACAAUUCAAAAGAACUUUACUGUGAAAACAAUACUAACAAUUGAUAUACUCAUACAUUCAUCGAAAAUAAAAAUACAAAAAACAAAAGUCGACUAAAGAAUUGAUAUAAAACUCAGUGUUUUUCAACGGAACUGACGCUAAACCGAAGAAGAAUGAAGAGAAUGGAGAGAAUCUCGUAAUUUGUUUAGUGAAAUAUUGAUUAGACUUCAAAACCAACACAAGUCUUAUAUUUUAUAUUAGAAAACGAUUUUAUGACAAACUGUGUGUAAAUAGACAUCAAUUGAUACAAUAGACUAAAAAUUGUAUGUUUUUGUAUUUAGUGCUGACUCUACUUAAUGUCCAUUCUUUCAUAUAUUUAUCGACUUAUUUAUUAGAAAAGUUUUCAAUUAUUUUUUGGUCGACUCGAGUGAAUGGACGCCAAAAAACAUAGAUUUAAUGCUCAAUACAUUAAUGCUUUCAAACAUUACAUUCAGUCCUAUCUAUCGGUAAAUGCGGUAAAAUUAAUUAAAUGCACAAAAAGUCAUAAAUUGUAUAAACAUUUCAUUAUAAUAACUAACGAUUCGAUCGAAUUAUACUCUAUUUAAUAACACACUAACAGAAUAACAGAAUUUGCGAUUGUAUUCAACAUCUAAACUACUUUAAGACAAAUAUAUAUAACAUUUACAUUACAUUUGCAUCUAAAAGAAAACAAUUAAAAUCUAGUAAACGAUGUAAAAGCAGAUAAUCUAAAACUCUAUGCAAAACAUUAAUUAUAAUGUUUUAAUUAUAACACUAUUACAAAACUA